CCAAAAGCCAGAGAGCAAAGCUGGAGAGGCCAAAACCCUCACCACCAAAACCCCAGCCAAACCAGACCGCCCCCUCUCCUCUCUGCCUUCUCUUCUUCCCUUUACACCGUCCUGUUCUGUUCUAAAGCAAAGAUCAGAGGAGGAAGGCCGGAGAGGCAGAGGAAGAAGCAGGGCCAAAGGAGGAGCAGCGGCAGAGGGAGAGAGGAGGCGCAAGCUUUUUCAGAUAGGUUUGGAAUGCAGCAGCAACACCUGAUGCAGAUGAACCAGGGCAUGAUGGGUGGCUACGCCGCUUCCCCUACCCCUGUCACCACUGAUCUCAUUCAGCAGUACCUGGAUGAGAACAAGCAGCUGAUCCUGGCCAUCCUCGAUAACCAGAACAACGGCAAGGUGGACGAGUGUGCACGGAACCAAGCUAAGCUCCAGCAGAACCUCAUGUACCUUGCCGCCAUCGCCGAUAGCCAGCCUCCUCAGACGGCGUCGCUGUCUCAGUACCCGUCCAACCUGAUGAUGCAGUCCGGCCCGCGGUACAUGCCGCAGCAGUCGGCCCAGAUGAUGUCGCCGCAGUCGCUGAUGGCGGCGCGGUCGAUGUACGCCCAGCAGCAACAGGCCAUGUCGCCGCUCCAGCAGCAGCACCAGGCAGCUGCCCACGCGCAGCUGGGGAUGACCUCCGGCACGACCAGCGGGUUCAACAUUCUCCACGGCGAGGCCAGCAUGGGCGGCGGCGGUGGAGGCGCCGGCAACAGCAUGAUGAACGCCGGCGUCUUCUCGGACUACGGCCGCGGCGGCGCCAAGGAGGGGUCAACCUCGCUGUCGGCCGAUGCCCGUGGUGGCGCCAACUCCGGGGCGCACAGCGGCGACGGGGAGUACCUCAAGGGCACCGAGGAGGAAGGCAGCUAGGCCAGCGGCGUCGUCGCUAGCACCGGCCUGGCAGCACUUGGCGUAGCAGCAGCAGGAGUAGCAGGUAGUAUUCGAGGAUGUAGUACGUGGUAGUGGCAGAUUAGCAGUAGCUAGGUGGCUGCAGUGGUUAAGCUUAAUUUAGGUGUGUUCCAUGGAACCUGGAGGUGGUAGUGGCCUGCAACCGCAUCUGCAAUCCCUGCGUGCAGGUUCGCUUGUUUUGGAUGUGCAUGGCAGGUUCUCGAUCCAUCCUUGUUAAGAUGUAGUAUGGAAAAUCGCGGGUAGUGUGGUGGCGAUGGUUUGUGAACACUCAAUAUGUUAUAUCUAGUGCUGAAUGCUCAUGGUGUUUUCUUCUUCA